AUGGGAGGUGAUGCAUUUAUUGAUGGAGGGUUUAGGAAAUCGAAUAAGCCGGAAAGAUUUGAGAAGCAUGUUGGUGGAAUUAAGAGUGCUCAUAAUCUUGCUUAUGAGAAGUUUCUUUUGGGGCAAGGAGAAAAGGUUAAGGAAGUAGGUGAUCAUGCUCUUGAAAAUGCACCCGGAAAUUGUCAAAUGACUUCUCCCCCGAUCCAAAAAGACAUUAUUAAUUGUUGUGCAAAAGAAACAACUAAGUUCAUAAUUGAAGAGCUUGGUGAUGAUUACUUUGUUAUAUUGGCUGAUGAGUCAAGUGAUGUGUCUCAAAAAGAGCAAAUAGCUCUUGUUUUGCGCUUUGUUAAUAAAGAUAGUGGAAAGGUAAUGGAGAGAUUUCUAGGCAUUGUUCAUGUUGGUGAUACUAACACUUUAUCUCUUAAAGAUGCAAUUUUGUCACUACUUGUGGAACAUUCAUUGAGUCCAUCUAUGAUAAGAGGGCAAGUUUCUUGCAAGAGAAGAGAAAUGAUUCGUGAUAUUCAAGCUCAAGAACUUGCUCAAGCAUUAGAAGUGGGGGAAAUUUUGAGUGGAUCGAGUUUGAAUCAAGAGCUUGGUUUGAAGAGGCCCGGAGAUAUUCGUUGA